AACCAACAACGCAACGCUAUCGUCAAAAGUAGUCGUAUCUUCACGUCGUUCGAGUCCUGAAAUCUACAAAUAGAACCUUCUCGCAACGAGCACUAUUGACAAUCGCCAUCGAAUCCCCAGAAUCAAACGCGGAGCGAACGUAAAAGAAAAGGGAAGAGAUUUUGUUAACGGCACUAAAACAAAACGAUGCCCGUGCCUUCCGCAACGACGAACAUGAGCGAUCCUUCGAGUGUUCGAGAAUGGCUGGCGAACAAGCACCCAAAGCAACUAGAUCUUUUGGACUCGUUCGAGACGGAACUUCGGAUGGCUGGUAGGCUUUCGAAGCAUCCAUCGCAGAGCGAUCGUUUGUCGAUCACCAUCCGCACGGUAGAGGUCCUCAAGACCAUGAUCGGCAGCACCAGGUGGAAAUCUCCGGCCGAACUCUUGGUGUUGCUGCGUGGACUGGGACGAGACAUGGAUGCGGCCGGUGGUUUUCGGGAGCCAGCAAUCGGAAACGUCGUUCGGAGGAUUCUCGCGGCGGUCAGGGAAGAAGUUUUGAGCGGGGGACCGACGAGAGUCGAAAAUCGAUCCUCUCUGGAAAGCAUGCUGUGGGCGUUGCCCCAGCACGUAAAAACCCACACCCGCGGGAACAGCAUGUCCCUCCACAGUUCUUCCCAAGAGAACCAGUCGCAGCAAGAACGGCGCCACAUGCGUUCCGAAUCGGUGGGAUCGGUAGGCGAUAUCCUCGAGCAACAGUCUCUCGAUGCCCAAGAUCCCCUGUCGAAUCUGCCUCCCAUCUUCUUUGCGCAGCCCCGUCCGGACCUGAAACAAUCCAUCAUGGAGGUUAUCCAAGAAAUCACGUCGGACCUCGAGGACCUGCACAAAACCAUCAACGGGCAAGCCACCAACCACAUACAUUCCGGAGAAAUCAUCCUGACGUACGGAAAAAGCGACACCGUGAUCGAGUUUCUGAGAGCCGCCGCGGACAAGAAACUCCGGUUCACCGUGAUCGUCUGCGAGUGCGCCCCGCACUACGAGGGGCACGCCAUGGCCCGUGCCCUGGCGGAGCCCACCGAGGCGGGCAACUCGAUCGACGUGUGCGUCAUUCCCGACGCCGCGAUCUUCGCGAUGAUGGCCCGGGCCAACAAGGUCCUCCUGCCGGCCCACGCCGUCCUGGCCAACGGGGGGCUGGUGGCCCCCAGCGGGUCCAACCUGGUCGUCUCGGCGGCGGCGGAGAACGCGGUUCCGGUGGUCUGCCUGACGGGAAUGUUCAAGCUGACGCCCUUGUUCCCGCACGAGGGCCAGGACACGCUGAACGACCUGCUGAGCCCCGGUUCGGUCGUCGAUUACACCUCGCAGCAGGACCAGGAGGUGGACUUUGUCAACCCCCUCUACGACUAUAUACGGCCCGAGCGCAUCAAUCUGUACGUGACCAACGUCGGAAGUUUUCAGCCGAGCUACAUCUAUCGAUUGCUGUCCGAAUACUACCACCAAGACGAUUGGGGAUCGCCGAACUAAACUAAAAAUGCAUCGUGGACGACCCACCGAGUCUUCAACACUAUAUUUGUAGGUUUCUAACGUUACCGCUUACAGUCGUAUGGCCACGGGCGCACGAAACGCUCCUGCGGGUCCGGGAACGGCGAUCCUGUUGGAGUCUUGCGGGAUAUCCCGCAAGGAUGGAAUCCACCGAGAUCCAGGAUCGGAACGCCCCCGGUUCUGCGUCCUAGCCAUCGCUGUCGCGCGCCGCCUCUCGCUACCUUUCGAGUUCAGCGCUUGCUGUCUCUCGUUUUCAAAACAUCGUGCUUUCCCCCCGCGUGCGGCCACGCACGGUAGAGCCCAACAAUCACAAGCCAUCUACAGUACGAUACCUUUCGGUACGUACGCUCCACGGUCCUCCAUGUCUUGCGCCAGCUACAAAACACGACCGAUGGUCCCAUCCAUAGAAUUCAACCCCCCGCGUGGUCCGCGACCCGUUUCCGGCGGUCGCCUUUCGCCAUGCCUCGCUACGCAACGUUUCCUUUCGUUUCCUUUCCUUUCGUUUCGUUU